AGCAGACGCUGCGUGUGCGCGUGCGCACCCACACCGUGCGUGCUAGUAUGGAAGUGUGAAUUAAAUUUACGUAAAAAUUGUGAUGUUGUGUUGUGAUUUGUGAUAGUGGAAAUAGUUAGCAUCAUGAAGUUAAUUUUGUACAUUGGUUUAUGCGGGUUAUUAACGAAGUCUGUGAAUACUAUUACGGAUGAAUACGAUAUUCUACUAGACAUAUUAAAUGAAGACUACGUAUCUGAACUAGACGACUAUAAGUCAUGGAUACAAGAAACAGAGAACGGCGAAAUAAGUUACAAACUGAAAGCAGGCAACGAUAUCUCGAUACCUUUAGAUAAACUAAGAACACCUAUAACACAGCUCAAUACUCCAAUAGUAUUACAUUUAGUUAUCACGUUUGACGGAACGAAACCAUCUUGCUUAUUCACCUUUAUGACAAACGGUGUCGUCAAUUUGGGCAUAUGUUUUUCUGUCAUUGAUGACGAUUUAGGAGAAAUGACUGUAUAUAGCAAUCUCUUCCCAGAUGAAUCUAUAAGGGUAUAUUUCACAUUGAAUUCAGUUGAGAAAUGGCAUGAUAUCAUCGUUCUAAUCGAUAAAGAGAUUAAUCUAUUCCUGAAUUGUAAAAAAGAGGGUACAGCUGAAGAAAGUGUGGAUAUAAAGAAUAUUACGUUCUCUCCAAAUUCUAAAUUCAAUUUCGGAAAGUUUGACCCCAAUGAUGACAAUCAUUUUGAGGGUUCAAUAAAAAGGAUGAAAAUAUACUCCGGUGGUAAUGGAGUCGAAGACGUUUGCACAUUUAAUGACAAUGAUUCGGGCACCAAUAACAAUGCUAACCCAAAAGCUGAUUUUCUUAAAAAACCCUUUACAGAUUUUCCGUCGGACGAUUAUUUCGAUGGAGAUGCAGAUAAACCACCAAAUUUGGAAAAAAGGGGCGAAAAGGGCGACAAGGGUGAUAAGGGCGAUCCCGGAAAUUCAGUAAGUGGACCACAAGGUCCCCAAGGACCACCAGGCAUUCAAGGUCCUAAAGGAUUUACUGGGGAAAAAGGAGAUCGCGGUGACUGCAAGUGCUCAAAGGACGUGGUAUCAGAACUUUUACGGGGCAUGCCCGAAAUGCGCGGGCCACCCGGACCGCCCGGAGCACGUGGCGAAGACGGUGACGUUGGAUUAUCCGGUAAGACGGGUCCUCCUGGACCACAAGGAGAAAGAGGACCAAUGGGUCUCAAAGGUGAAACGGGUGAAAGAGGUGAUGAUGGAAUACCCGGAAGGGAUGGCAGAGAUGGUGCUAAAGGUGAACCUGGGAUUGAUGGGGCUAAAGGACACGCCGGUCUUCCAGGACCAAUGGGCCCGCAAGGACCACCUGGGCCGCCUGGAACCACAGUGUAUAAGGAAAUAGAAGAGACAAAAGAGCCCGUCAUAGGUGAAAAAGGUGAUACAGGACCCAUUGGCCCUCCAGGUAUACCAGGUAGAGAUGGGGAAAAGGGUGAAAAAGGUGUUCGUGGUGAUCAGGGAAUAAAGGGAGAAAAAGGAGAAGUUAUCACACAAGUGAUUACGCAUAAGGGUCUAGAUGGUGCUCCGGGUCCCAGAGGAGAGAAGGGUGAUACUGGAGCGCCUGGAGUCAACGCACUACCCGGUAUUCCCGGAUCACAUGGACAUCCCGGGGAAAAGGGUGAACGAGGUGAAAAGGGUGACAAGGGCGACCUAGGACCUCCAGGACUACCAGCGAAGCUUUCAUCCAUAUUGUAUACAGAUAUAGAUCCUGAAGAAAAUGCCGCUAUAAUAGAAACGCUCAGGGGCUUUAAAGGUGAUAUAGGUGCGACAGGACCCAAGGGAGACAAAGGAGAUCAAGGAUUGCUAGGACCUGUGGGUCCACCGGGGAAAGAUGGAACUCAUGGGAGGCACGGAGAAAGGGGACAUAGAGGAGAAAAGGGAGACAUGGGAACACCGGGGCCCAAGGGAGAGAGGGGAGAACGAGGCGAACCGGGGUAUGCCGGGAAUGCAACUGAAUCGGAAAAGGGUACCAAAGGAGAACGUGGAACUCCCGGUAAAGCUGGGCAACAGGGGCCCCAGGGAAAACCGGGCCCCCGGGGUCCGCCAGGCCCUAAAGGAACAAAAGGUGAUGCAGGACAACAUGGUGCUAAGGGCGCUACAGGACCAAAAGGGAAUAAAGGCACCACAGGAAUGAAAGGGGAAAAAGGUGAAAUGCCUGUAAUAGACUACGAAAAGUUAAAAGGUGAUCGCGGUGAUCCAGGUCCACCAGGAGAAGCUGGAAAACCUGGCGUCUGCGAAGAUUCUAACUAUUUGUCAAAGCAAGGGCCUCCGGGACCGCCGGGGCCUCCGGGCCCUCCGGGGUCUCCAGGAGUAUCCAUUAUAGGGCCUAAGGGAGAGCCUGGACAGCAAUAUUCGAUAGACAGUUCCAUGGAAUUUAGAAGGAAUACAGUAUUAGGAAAUUUAUUUGAAGAAGAUGAUGACGUGUAUACAGCUGCUACCGUCAUAUUCAAAUCAAGUACAGCUUUAAUUAAGAGGACAACCACAACACCACUGGGAACACUCGCUUAUGUCUUGCAAGAAAAUGUUUUAUUAUUGCGAGUGGAGCGUGGCUGGCAACAUGUUGAGGUAGGAUCCAUGUAUUCACCACAAAGCGCAUACAAACAGACGAGCACAACCUAUCGGCCGGUGCACGCGCGCUCGCCCGCCGCGUUUUUGAAGGACAAAUCUUUCCUCGCUGAAGGAUCCUAUAUUCGGAUAGCAGCUCUAAACGACCCGUAUCCUGGGAACAUGAUGACGUCAACAAACCGCACGGGAAGGAACGCGAUGAACCAAGAAUGCUACCAGCAAGCGAGAACCCAUCGUAACGGAUCUAGUAAUUUCGUCGCCUUCCUGGCUACUAAAAUUGAAGAUUUAAUAUCAAUCGUGAAAAAGGAAUCGGACAGGCACUUACCGGUGUUAAAUUUGAAGGACGAAGUGCUUUUCAACUCUUGGAUGGACAUGUACGACGGUUCCGGAGCUACGCUCGUAACGACGAACAUAUUCAGUUUCAGCGGGCAAAAUGUGUUCAUUGACCAUCAUUGGCCAACAAAAGCAGUGUGGCACGGCAGCGACGCAAUCGGCAUUCGUUCGCCGGAGAACUCGUGUGAAGAGUGGCAGAGUGACCGCCCGGAACAGUUCGGUGCUGCCUCCUCGCUGUUAAAGAAUAAACUCCUAGAUCGAGAUCUAUGGACGUGCGAAAACAAAUUAAUAGUUCUAUGUGUUGAAGCUACGUCAACAGGACACAGGCGUAGGAAACACAGACACACACAACAUCGGUCUAAUACAUACUCACGACAUGUGAUUCAGCGGCAGAAUCAAAUACCAGAACAUUAACUAUAUUCAAACGUAUAGUAUUAUAGUUUUAGGUUAUUUGUAAAUAUUUCUAAUUUUCAACGUCAUCGUAAUAGGUUGUACAACGAUUUAAGAUGCAUUUUCUUUUUUCAUCUGUUUGUAUUUAUGUUUAUUUAAAUCAAUUUUGUAAUCAUAGGUUUUGUUACAAUCAUUAAUUUAAAUUUUGUCUAUAGAUACUUCAAUCUAAUUUCACAUUAAAAUAUUUUCAGUGAAAUUCCAUUUAAUGAGUAUUUAUUUUUAGCUUGCAUUUCUACUGAUAAGUGUUAUUAGGGGCUAUGAUUUAUGAAAAACGGACUAAAAUCUUCCAUGAGUUACUAAGUCAGUAAAUUUAAGUACAGUAAUUAUCAUAGGAAUUUUGUAUUUUAAGUCAUUUUUUAACUUAUAAUAAUGUAAAAUUUAGAUGAUACAUUGUGCCAUAGACACAGUCAAUUUGUAUUUAAUUAA